AAGAGAGCUGCGACUGAUGGUCAUCGCGAGUUUUAUUGUGGUGGUACUGUGGCCUGUGCUGUUAAUCAGCCAUGCAGGCUGUGUCCAGGACCAAGCUCCAGGAGAUGAUGUAGCGAUAUGUAUAUACCGAUGAGAUCGUUAAUGGAGAGCCCAAUCCGUUCUUUGCUAACCGCCCAAUGUACUCUGUCAAUGAACGACCUCUCAUGGACUCCAGAGACUAUAACCGCCUGCUUCAGGAGAGUGGCGACGCUUAUGUACCGUGGCAGAGCCUGGAUUGGGACAAUAACAAUACAAACAUGUUUGUAACUGAGUGGACUCAAACUGGAUUAUCCACAUUAUCCACAUGUGCUGGGACAGUGACAGUGUGUGGAUUCAGGGAGGGAGCUCAAGAGAACUGGCUCAUCACACAGCACAUCAACACAGUGCUACCAGGAGGAGGAGGAGAGAGACUGAGGAAAGUGACUGUUCAGUUUGAGGGAACUCUCAAUGGAUGUGAUAUCAGUAGACAGUGCAGACAGAGUUUUGAACUAUACAAGUGGGAGAAUUCAGCCAUUGACAGAAAUGGAGCAACUAACACCAACAAUUAUGUCAGAGUUGGUCGAGUCUCUCCUGCUGUUACUAGUGGAGUCAUGUCCUUUGUUGGCUCUCAUGAUAUAUAUUGAAUUGGGCACCACAGGUGGUUUUUACUUGGGAGUUGUUGACUUGAGCACUUGUGUUACUCUCACAAGAGAUUUCUGGCAAUCU